AUGCCAGAACAUCACUUCACCUUGCUGCAUUAUGCAGGACGUUCAGGUGAUCAUAACGAUCUCGCAAUUGCAGCUUCUCCUUAUCUAACCGAAGAAAUCUCAGCUUUUCUCAAGAUUCAACCCAGCAGUAUCGGUUCUCCCGAACCAGCUUUGAACAAAGGGUGGAAAGAGGAACUGGAAGCUGCUUUACCUAACCUCAAGCUGUUUGCCCGAGAGGUAGAUAAAGUAUUUAUCGAGAACCGUAAACCCGUCAUUGUCUUAUCAAGAUGUUCAGUGGCUCUAGCUACGAUACCUAUCAUCGUCAAACAUCGACCUGAUGUAGUGGUGGUCUGGUUUGAUGCCCACGGAGAUAUCAAUGUACCUAAGAAUGAAAUUGAUUUCUUAGGUGGUUUAGCAUUAUCUGGUCCGUUGGGAUUAUGGGAUUCAGGUUUAGGUUCAGGGUUAAGUUCAGGUAAUGCGAUUUUAGCUGGAGCCAGAGAUAUUGAUCCACCUGAACAGAAACGUAUCAAUGAAGGAAUAGUCAAACUCGUUUCGCCAGGAGAAGGAUUUACGGAAAGACUAGUAAAAGAGAUACGGGGUAAACCAGUAUAUGUACAUAUAGAUUGUGAUGUUCUGGAACCAGGAAUCGUUCCCACAGAUUACAAAGUACCCAACGGACUCGACCUCAAGGAAUUAUACGAUGUCUUGGUGGCAUUAUCAAACACGAGUGACAUUGUAGGUGUACAAAUCGCAGAGCUGGAAGCGGAUUCCACAACACAGGGAACCCAAAAAGCCGUACGAUCCUUAUUGGAAGUAAUCAGACCACUCCUGGCCUGA